AUGGUCCGUGUCACAACGGGCCAACCACACCACGCCGUCGCCAUUAUUGAAAAACGCGCUCCGGCCGUUCUUCUUGGUCGUUCUCUGAGCGUUUGCUUCCGUGGCGAACCUGCGAGAAUGCCUGCCUCCGUAUCCCCCGGGGGUGCCGUCGAGGAUUGCCACUGGCGGAAGCGACGUCGGUCGCUGGCCGAAGACGGCAAACUCGCCCCCCACGCCGCACGGGAUCGGCAAGCGACACUCGGCGUCAGAAUGGUUGGGGGUGAUGGGCCGUCCCGUUCCCGCCUUCGCGGCCGGGUGCCCAGAAUACUGGAUGCAGCUAUACCUCUGAUGCAUGGAAAAUCCGAGGAUAGUGUUUUGCCCACCCGCCUUGUUGAGCCGCCCCCAGUCCCCCAAGACUAUGCGAGGAAGUUCCCCGCAAGCAGGAUCAACAGAAACCCACUCCCGCUGGAACGGCCGCCGCAACCCGCUGCCAUGUCGCUCCAUUGGUUACCAGAGACUUUUGGCUGGAUUCAGUUGGCUAAAGGUUAUGAGAAAAGGACUCAACAUUGCACCUAA